AUGGAUUUGUACACGACGUUAAUAGAACAAUCGACGGGCAGAGCCCGUCGAGAAGACGACUAUGACGCCGAGCCGCCGAAAGAGCACAAGUGCAAUGUCCUCAUGAGCCUAGCCCUCAGCGUGGUCAAACGCGAAAGUGAGAAAGCGGCGUUGCUCAAGCUUAAGGGUUACGAACGCGCGGAUAUAGAGAGGACGCGCGGAAAGCAUUCAGUGGUCUGUCGCCACUGGCUCAAGGGGAUGUGCAUGAAGGGAGAGUUCUGCGAUUUCCUUCACCAGCUCGUAUAUUCCAGGAUGCCGCCGUGCAGACUGUUCGAGAAGAACGGGUUCUGCAUUGACAACCAAAGGGGCAACUGCAUCUUCCAGCACGUAGUGGAGCAGCCAGACUCCGGACCCUCGCAAGAUCCGCGGAUCAAGGAGGCCAUCGCAAACGGCAUCAACUUCGCAGAAAUAUCGCAUGAAACAGACCCGGACGGAUUUGCAACUGCUUUUGUGCUUGCUAUCAGCACAGUGUUCCCAAAAAUAUCCGACCUGGCCAUCAUGGAGGAGGCUAUGCCCCCCUCGCCACAGCCGCAGGACCUUGCGGAGCCUGUGAACGAAAAUGAUGACGGGGAUGCGGCAUUAGCGAACGCUUCUGAUGUAGAUGUUAACGAGAAUAGGCCACUCAUUAGCGCGUCUAUCCCGGGGCUGGUGAAAUUCGACGCAACCGCGAUACUAGAUGGCGAACGACGGUCGCGUGCAUCGUUCGACGUCAACAGUAACAACACCAAGUGCUUCAUGAUUAAGAGCAACAACAUGAUGAACAUAUACUUCUCCAUCUGCUACGGCAUAUGGGCGACGGGCAUAAACAACACUAUGAAGCUCGUCAACGCGUUCCAAAAGUGCGAGCACGUCAUUCUGAUUUUUUCGGGAAACGAAAGCGGAGGGUUCCAGGGGUACGCAAAGAUGAUGACUCUGCCUAUACCUGGGCUUUACCAGGGCAUUUGGGGGAGUUUUCACUCCAGACUAGGUGACAACUUCCGGGUGAAGUGGAUCAAGCAGUGCUCAGUGGAGUUCGAGGUGCUCAGGCACGUCACCAACCAGUACAACCAAAAUCUGCCUCUCAAGAAGUCUAGAGACGGGACGGAGCUUCCACUGGAUGUGGCCGAAACAAUAUGCAAUACACUAUACAACGCACCGGAGGACGAUUUGCUGAAAGGCACGCCGAUGGCCACGUGGGAACGCAUCGAUCACGAGACAUACUUCGAUGAGCUCAACAACAAGAAUUUACUCUAUACAACAUUUGGCCUGCCAUUUACUCCAAUCAACAAGUAA